AUGUCCUGCGAGGGAUGCUACGAGCACAACUUCCUCCUUCAGACGGUCAUCCAGGAGGCCAGGAGGUCCAAGAGGCAGUGCGCAGUAGCAUGGCUUGACCUGACCAACGCCUUUGGGUCCAUACCCCACCAUCACAUCUUUGCCACCCUGGGAGAGUUCGGGAUGCCAGAAACCCUCAUCCAGAUCCUCCGGGACCUCUACAAGGACUGCACCACCACCAUCCGCGCCACAGACGGAGAGACGGACGCCAUCCCUAUCCACUGCGGCGUGAAACAAGGAUGCCCCCUUAGCCCCAUCAUCUUCAACCUGGCCAUGGAACCGCUCAUCCGAGCCAUCUCCAGCGGCCCGACCGGCUUCGACCUGCACGGCAAGAAACUCAGCAUUCUGGCCUACGCGGACGAUCUGGUCCUGACCGCGGACGACCCAGAGAGCCUCCAAGGUAUGCUAGAUGCCACCAGCCGAGCUACUGACUGGAUGGGGCUCCGCUUCAAUGCGAAGAAGUGCGCAACUCUGCACAUUGACGGCAGCAAAAGGGACUCGGUGCAGACAACGGGGUUCCAGAUCCAGGGCGGUACCAACGUCCCCCGCAUGGGUGACCUGUGCGACGUCGCGGUGAUCACCCACACCUUUCGCCUGCUGACAUGUCCCAACGCCACGGUGAGGAACAUUGUGGCGAAUGCCCUGCGUGAUGCGACAGAGAAGUGGAUUGGCAGAGCCCCCUCGAACCAAGACAUUGCCACCUUCCUGAGCGGCUCCCUGGAUGGGGAAUUCGGACGGGACGGGCGCGACAUCGCUUCACUGUGGUCCCGCACUUGCAACGCCACGCGUCGCCUGGGGAAGCGCAUCGGCUGCCGCUGGGAGUUGUGCGAGGAGCGCCAGGAGCUGGGAAUCCGGGUGCCACAGAUCAGGUCCGACGACAACACCGUUGUACUGGUGAGAUGGAAUGAACCAUUCCAGAAACUGGCAACCUGCGAUGCAGAUGGAGGAAUUUUUGUUUGGAUUCAAUAUGAAGGCAGAUGGUCUGUGGAGCUUGUGAAUGAUCGCGGGGCACAGGUGAGCGACUUUACAUGGAGCCAUGAUGGGACUCAAGCACUCAUCUCCUAUAGGGAUGGAUUUGUGCUGGUUGGUUCAGUCAGUGGACAGAGACAUUGGUCUUCGGAGAUUAACUUGGAGAGUCAGAUCACCUGUGGCAUAUGGACUCCUGAUGAUCAGCAGGUACUGUUUGGCACUGCUGAUGGUCAGGUUAUCGUCAUGGACUGCCAUGGCCGAAUGCUGGCACAUGUUCUCCUUCACGAGUCAGAUGGCAUCCUCAGUAUGUCUUGGAACUACCCCAGCUUCCUGGUGGAGGACAGCAGUGAAAGUGACACAGAUUCUGAUGACUACUCCCCACCGCAAGAUGGUCCAGCUGCAUAUCCGGUCCCGGUGCAGAACACCAAACCACUACUCACUGUCAGCUUCACAUCAGGAGACAUUAGUUUAAUGAACAACUAUGAUGACUUGUCUCCUACUAUCAUCCGCUCAGGGUUGAAAGAUGUAGUGGUGCAGUGGUGUACACAGGGAGACCUGUUGGCUGUAGCAGGCAUGGAAAAGCAAAGUCAGCUAGCUGACCUUGGUAGCAGUUCCAUUCUGAAAAGUGCGCUCGUCAAGUUCUACAAUGUCCGUGGGGAACAUAUCUACACACUGGAGACUCCUGUGCAGCGUCCAAUAAUCUCCAUUUGCUGGGGCCACAGGGACUCACGCCUGCUCAUGGCUUCCGGCCCUGCACUCUAUGUUGUCAGAGUAGAGCACAGGGUCUCCAGCCUGCAGCUCCUAUGCCAGCAGACCAUCGCUAGCUCUCUGCGGGAUGACAAGGAUAUCAGCAAACUGACUCUGCCUCCUCGGCUCUGCUCAUACCUCACCACUGCCUUUAUACCAACAAUCAAGCCUCCUAUCCCAGACCCCAACAAUAUGAGAGAUUUUGUCAGCUAUCCAACAGCUGGCAAUGAAAGGCUUCACUGCACGAUGAAGCGGACAGAAGAUGAUCCGGAGGUCGGAGGUCCAUGCUACACGCUAUACUUGGAAUACCUAGGGGGACUGGUACCUAUCCUAAAAGGGCGCCGAAUCAGCAAACUGCGGCCAGAAUUUGUCAUUAUGGAUCCUAAAACCGAUGGAAAAGCAGAUGAAAUCUAUGGAAACAGCUUGAUUUCCACUGUGAUUGACAGCUGCAACUGCUCAGAUUCCAGUGAUAUUGAACUGAGCGAUGACUGGGCUGCGAAGAAAUCUCCCAAAAUCACUCGAGCUAGCAAAUCACCCAAACUCCCCAGAAUUAAUAUAGAUGCCCGCAAAUCUCCAAAGUUGUCGCGAGCUGCUCAGGAGAUAUCAAGAUCUCCAAGGUUACCAAUAAGGAAACCUUCUAUUGGUUCACCAAGCCUAACUCGACGAGAGUUUCCAUUGGAAGAUAUCACUCAGCACAACUACCUUGCUCAAGUCACGUCUAAUAUCUGGGGAACCAAAUUUAAGAUUGUGGGUUUGGCUGCUUUCCUACCAACUAACCUUGGUGCAGUGAUUUAUAAAACCAGCUUGCUGCAUCUCCAGCCCAGACAGAUGACUAUUUAUCUCCCUGAAGUGCGUAAGAUUUCCAUGGACUACAUUAACCUGCCUGUCUUCAACCCCAAUGUUUUCAGUGAAGAUGAAGAUGAUUUACCAGUAACUGGAGCAUCUGGAGUCCCUGAGAACAACCCCCCCUGCACCGUCAAUAUCCCUAUUGCUCCUAUUCACAGCUCAGCGCAAGCUAUGUCACCGACUCAGAGCAUAGGACUGGUCCAGUCCUUGUUGGCCAAUCAGAACGUGCAGUUGGAUGUCUUGACCAAUCAGACGACAGCAGUGGGGACAACAGAGCACGUGGGUGAUAGUGCAGUGCAGUACCCAGUCUCAAGCAGGUACUCCAAUCCAGGACAGGUGAUUUUUGGAGGAGUGGAAAUGGGGCGCAUCAUCCAGGCACCGCCUCAGUUAUCCCUGCAACCGCAGGGUGCAAUACAGAUGGCGAUAAUGGAUCACAGAGACGGAGACAGAGACCACGAACAUCACCAAAAGGCAAAAACUUUACGGACAGUGCAGCAGCUGGCAGAAGGGGACGCUGUUGUCUUCAGCACCGCACAAGAAAUACAACUGAACAAAAUGAACCCGCCCCCUCCUUACCCUGGAACCAUACCAGCCGCUCCCACUGCACCACCGCCUCCCCCGCCUGUCCCGACCCAGCCACCUAUGGAUCUCUGUCUGAAAAAGGGAGACUUUUCUCUUUAUCCAGCAGGACAUUAUCAGACCCCUCUUGGCUAUGAGCGAAUAACGACCUUUGAUAGCAGUGGGAAUGUUGAAGAGGUAUGCCGGCCUCGAACGAGGAUGCUGAAUACUUAUACCCUGCCAGGUCCCGGCAGCUCUGCCACUUUAAGGAUUACAGCAACAGAGAAGAAAAUCCAGCAGCCCUGUUCCAGUGCUACCCUGAACAGGCUGACAGUUCCUCGUUAUUCUAUACCGACUGGGGAUCCACCACCUUACCCAGAAAUUGCCAGCCAGCUGUCACAGGGCCGUAGCAUCACACAGAGGCUGGACAGUAGUAUUAUCCAUGCUACUCUGCGGAGGAACAGCAGAGAGGCAGCUCUGAAAAUGGCUCAGUUGGUCGACAGCCAAAGAGCCACUUUACAACAUCCAUCAAAACCUAAGAGCAAUGUUGUGACAGCACAGUACCAGCAGAGGGCACCGACAGCUUUAUACACCUGUAGUCAAUGCAGCAGCAGCAGUAACAGCAACACAAGUAGCAGCGGUGGUGGGAACAUCAGUAAUGCCAAUGCUAGUAACAGCACUUCCAGUAUUAGCAGUAUGAGGCCUGACGUAACCACUGGGAGCAGUUCCCAACACAGUUCUGUCCUUGCUCACUCAGUCAGUACUUCGCCCUUGGCCUCCCAGUCCUCAUACAAUUUGCUGAGCCCACCCGAUAACUCUCGUGAUCGGACAGAUUAUAUCAACUCUGCCUUCACAGAGGAUGAGGCACUUUCUCAGCACUGUCCAGUGGAGAAAUCGAUAAGGCACAUGCCUGUAGCCUUGACAGAGGCUGCCGUUGGUGUGAAGCGGCCACCCCCGUACCAGUGGGACCCUAUGGUGAGUGAGGAGAUAUGGGUUCCUCAGGAAAGGACAGCUCAAAGUUCAGUGCCCAACCCUCUCAAACCUGCUCCUCUAAUUGGUCAAGCUCAGCAUCUUGAUAUGUCUCGAGUGCCAUUUGUUUCCCCCAAAUCUCCAACCAGUCCCACUGCCACUUUCCAGAUGAGUUAUGGGAUUGGAGUACCUUAUCCAGGAAGCUACAGUGUCCCUCCUCUCCAGGGAAUGCAGGCUCCCUGUUCCCCCAAAGAAGCUCUGGCCCCAACACAGUUUGCACAACAAGAGCCAACUGUAGUACUUCAGUCAGGUUAUCCAUCUAACCUCUCCUAUUGCCCUUUGCCACCCAUGUAUCCAGGAAGUAGCACUUGCUCUAGUUUACAGCUGCCACCAAUAGCCUUGCACCCAUGGAAUUCCUACAGUGCAUGCCCGCCUGUACAGAAUUCCCAAGGCACUUUGCCCCCCAAGCCACUUCUAGUGGUGGAGAAGCCAGUUAUGUCUCCGCCACCAGCAGAGCUUCAGGGUCACGUGGGCACAGAAGUAAUGGUGGAGACAGCAGACACCUUCCAGGAGGUUCUCUCCCUCACAGAAAGUCCCAUUCCUCAACGGACAGACAAGUUUGGGAAGAAGAACCGGAAGCGCCUGGAUAGUCGAGCUGAGGAAGGAAAUGUGCAGGCUAUCACAGAGGGCAAGGUCAAAAAGGAGGCAAGGACACUGACUGACUUCAACUCCCUAAUAUCCAGCCCUAGGCUAGGAAGAGAGAAGAAGAAAGUCAAGAGCCAGAAGGACCAGCUGAAGUCAAAGAAGCUGAACAAGACGAAUGAGUUUCAGGACAGUUCAGAGAGUGAGCCAGAGCUUUUUAUCAGUGGGGAUGAACUGAUGAACCAGAGCCAAGGCAGCAAAAAGGGAUGGAAAACCAAAAGGAAUUUGAGGACAGCCAGUGAGCUGGAUGAGUUCAAGUGCCGGAAGGCCAACGAAAAGGAGGAUGGGAGGCUGGGAAGCCAGGGCUUUGUGUAUGUGAUGGCCAACAAGCAGCCCUUGUGGAACGAGGCAACACAAGUGUAUCAGCUGGACUUUGGAGGACGGGUGACCCAGGAGUCUGCAAAAAACUUUCAGAUUGAGCUGGAAGGACGACAGGUAAUGCAGUUUGGAAGGAUUGACGGCAAUGCUUACAUUUUGGACUUUCAAUAUCCGUUUUCUGCAGUGCAGGCCUUUGCAGUUGCUCUGGCUAACGUGACUCAACGCCUCAAAUGAAAAGAGCAGAGACUGGAGAGAGAAAAACCUUCUCCUAAUGUCCGAACUGGAAAAUGUCAGGGCGGCCUGUUUUAGGUGCACAAAGGCGCCGGGGAGUGAAGAAGGCAGUAAAACUGGAAAAAUCUCUUGGUGCCCAAAAGAGGGCAUUAACUUUAGUCAUAAUUGGGGUGGGGGAGAUGUUUGUUUGGGUUGUUUUUUUUGUUUUUUUUUAACAUCGUGCUGGGGUUUCAGAAAGAGCACCGAGAGAGAGCCAUUCAGUGUUAUAUUGGGAAAUGUGGCUUUUGGCUUGUUGUGGUGGUUCUGCUGUGUUUGCUGGAGUAGCUGACGUAAGCUCGUAGGGGGAUUAAAAAAGACUGCUCUCUUUGAUAGACUGCCUUAUAUCAUGCUGUUCUUUUUAAAACAGGGAACAUAACCUUUUUUCUGGUCCAGUUUGUACUACUACAUCAGUGAUAGCAGGAAAAAAAAAAAAGCUAUAAUACUUGAAGACACAUGUUUCUUCUCUGAUCAUAGCUGAGCACUGCAGGUACCAAGGAGGUUUAUGAAGGUCAAUAUUUAAUUUAUAAAUACUGAUGUAUUAUUCAGAAGAGAAACAAAACUUACCAUUGGAUGGUUUCAAAACACAUUUCAUCAACGAAGUUGGUGUCUGCUUUUUUUCUGUGCUGUUACUUGGGAUAAAUGUGUUUCACUAGAUGAUGGAGACCAGAGGCGGGAGGAGUUGUGAGAGUUGCAUACAUACAUGUAUAGGUAAGCAGUAUUCUUUGAUUUGUACUACAUGUGUGUAGUACAUAAUGCAGCCUGGUGUAGCACAUGGGCAAGGGCUACACCUCUUCACUAAAAGAUGUUUACAUAUUAAGAACAGAAUUGUUAAAAUAAAUAAAAUGGGCCCAGUGAGUAAAAUUCUUCUAAAUCUAUGGUGAAUCAGAGCAUUGCAUUAAUUGGGAAAGAGAAAGGCAUGUGGUGACAGUAGGGGAUUUCUCAUCACCGCUGGUUGGAAAAAAGGGAGAAAAGGAAGGAAAUACUGGAGAGUACCACCCCUUUCACCCACCUCCUAUUUGAGUACAUCAUUAUAGGCUGUUGUUUGAAUGGUUAACAGUCCAAAAAAAGAAUGGGAAGCCAAAAUGUAUAUAGCUGGUUAUGGCUUUUUAAUCAACUAUAUACAGGAACAAGACUGUUUCUAACUGCAAAUCUGUCUAAUAUAAGUCAAAGCCUGUGUUAGGUGUUUCAAUGGGUAGAGAGAGAUUCUGUUAUUGCUCUAGUGCUCUCUCUCUCACACAUGCACACAUAUUUCUCUGUUGAAUACAGUUUGAUUUGGAAAUGCUUCCCCAGUAACACAUGAAAACCCUGAUCGUUCAUUAAAUUAAAUUCACAAUAGGUUGCAAAAUGUAACUGUCGAUUUCCUUUAAAAAUACUCUUUCAAAUCAGGACACAUUUAGAAAGAUGGGGUGGUGGCUGGUUUAUCUCUGUCUGUAAACCUCAGUUUUAUUCCUUACUAGGAAACCCUUCAUAACUUUGUUUAAAACACAAACCAUACACCAAGAGAGUAAAAUAUAUCACUGUGAUUGUUUGAAAUGUCUGUAAAGGUAGGCUAGACUAAGUAGGCUUGAUUCAUUGCAGGGAACCCAUCGGGGGCACAGGACCCCCAGUGGAGGAAGGGAUGCAGCAGCUCCCUGGCUCCAACCUCCACUGGGACUCUGAAGCCAGACAACACAGGCUAGGUAAUGCUGGCCAGAGACAGGUUUUGACAAGGAUAUCUAGGGAUGUGCUGAUUCAGAUGAUCUCCCGGGCAACCUCCACCAGUGUGGCCCCAGAAAGACCCACCUGCAAGAUAAUACUGUCCUUCUGUUAUGGAGCCCCUGGGGAGGAUGGUGGUAUAAUCCCUGUAUCAUCUUGGGGCUCAGCAGUCUCUGCUUGCACAUGGGAGUGGAUCAAGCCCAAUAUUUCCCUUGGCAUUAACUCUUCUAUUUGCUUUUAUGUAUUCACUUUUGUUGAAACCCAUCAAUUAGGUGUAUAUCUUUCUGUUAGAGAGGAACCCCACCUCCACAGUUAUUUAGUAGCUGAUUUUAGUGACAGCUUCUGGAGUGUGUGUGGAGGAGGAAGUAGACCGAAAUCAAAUGGACUUGGUCCUGCUGACUUUGAAAUCAGUGGGAGUUUGCCAUUGACUUCAGUGGGAGCGAGAUUGGGCCCCAAGUCAGUGCAGAAUUACAUGCUGUUUAGGAAACAGGCUUAUUUCUUACUCACACGAUUUCAGUGGCACUACCCAUAUGAGUGAGGAUUGCGGGGCUUGACCCAAUGGUGCUCCUGAAGAGAUCCUAAUAGCUCUAAUUAAUCCCAUAAGCAAGUCAUAAGCAGUAUUGGAAUAUUGAGACGUGUGCACUGAACACGUUGAGGCCAAAAGCACAUUGAUUCAUUUCUUCUUUUAGGAGGACAGGUGUUCUGUUGCUUUAGAGAAAUAAUCCUCUUAAAGAGACAUUGUCAACUAGUUUUAGGCCAAGAAUGCAGAUUUAAUGGAAUUAAGUAUGUUUGCACAUGUGUGCUCAACAUACCUCAUCCAAACAGAAAUGUUUUCAUACUGCUGUUUUCUUUAACUUUCCAGGCAAAGAUUUGUCGUUUUUUUUUUUUUUUUUAACAUUCCCCUGCAGUGUUAUGAACCAAAUUAACAGCAGAAAUGUGCAAAUGCAGGAAAACCAGAAAGCAAAAGUGGUGAAAACUUAAGUGAAACUUGCCAGUCUAGUUUUAUUAUCCAGGAUCCAUUGGUAUUUGGUUCUGGUAGCACACACAGUGUCUUGGAGCUUUCCAGACAUAGAAGAAGAACUUGUUCCCACCUCACGGAAGCACAAAAACAAACAACACAAAUGGUGAAAAUGGUGAUUUCUAACUUUCUUUCUGUUUUUAUGUUAUAAGGUAAAGAGUUUUUCUUCUGUAAGUAUGUUGACAGUGUCCCUUUAAGGCAACAGUUUAAUGGCAUAAAGACUACCUACGGUUAGGGACAGAUUUUGCCCUCAAUUAAGUAUACACAAUUCCUGCUGAAGUCAAUUGAGUUGUAUAUAUGUAUCUGAGUGUACAAUUGGGUCCUAAAUUAUGAAGACAGCAGGUCACAAUGGUCAUUCUCUUUUCUUUUUUUUUCUUUGUAUGUUGAGAGAAAAUUUAAGAAACAACUUUAAAAGCCCUCCAAACUAAUACUUCCACUAGGAUGAUUUUAAUCAUGAAGAUUGCUGUUGCAUUCAAGCCAAAACACUAAUUUUACAUUUUAUAUUUAAGUUUUGCAACCUAGUUUUUGUGUAGACAAUUGUAAGUUCUUCUAGGAAGAAAAUGGCAACAUGUUCUGAAUUACCUAAUUCUUUUAUACAUACAAUAGUUUCCAGUAGUUCAAUAUGGUUUUCAAAAGCUUUUGUUUUUAGUUGUGCAAUAAUUGUUAAGCCAAAGGGCUUACGUUUUGUUGUUUGAGGGGUUGCGUUAUUUUUUAAAGAUAAUUUAAUGCAAAUUUCCUGUUAAUGUCGGAGUCAAAUUAUUUAUCUUGCUUAAUGUAAUAAGUGAUUUAGGGAUUAUUUUAUUACUAUGUACCAGUGAGUUAUACACACUUUCUUAUUUAUAUGAAAAGAGGAUCUUUGUAAUUAAUUGUUUGCUAGCAAUAUGUUUUGCUGCAAGAAUUGUUUAAGAAUGUGUAUAGGACAACUUUUUUUGCUGGACAAUAUUCAACAUUUUAUAAUGUAGGGAAGAAUCUUGUUUAUCAGGCAGAUGGAAAAAGCAGAUAUGCUAUUGGGGAUUCUGUAGACUACAUACAGUGUAGAUUUUGGGGGGGGGACCUGCAGAAAUCUGUCCUCUAUACUGUGUAUUUUCCCAUUGUGUUUUAACUGGCUUUUCAGUUACAGAGAUGGUUUAAAAAACACAAAUCAUGAUUUGCUUUAUCUUUUCUUAGAGCUAGCCUUGGUUUUGGGGUACAGAAUAGAGGAGGGUUCAUGUAUAAAAUAAGUGUUUUAUAUAUGGCUCACUUUGGGUGACAUUCAUCUCUGUGCAGAGGGCCUAGUACACAGCCUGUGCAUCACUGAAAUCCUAGUUAAGGGGCCAGAUUGCCUGUUGUGGUCAAGCUCUGCUCCUGUUACAGCUCCCUGAUUCUGAGGCUAAUCUGAGCUGACACCAGCCCUGGGAAUGCUUAGAGUAGCUGAGAAGCUUUAAUUGGCCCUACAGUGGAGGAUAGGCAGAGCGGAGCACCUUUACACCAGCAGUGACUUCCCCUAUGCCAGGGGAUUUCCCUGCUGGCCUAUUUGCAGCCAGAAUCCAUCCCCAUUGCACUGCCUGAGUGGCACAAAGGGGCCAGAUUUCAUUUGACAAUUUGGCUCUAGCCCUCAAAAUGUGGUGUAAGUGGGUCCAAAAAAUAAUACACAGACCUUGUCGGCCCUCUGCAGAGGAGUGAAUUUCAUCCUGAAAACCCCUGGUACUAUUCAGCAGUAGUACUAUGGUUCUAGAAUAGCAGAAAUAAAUAGGGGAGGGAGAUGAAAGUACCAUAAAGGAAAAUUAUUGGGUCAAGUUAAUAGUUUUACAUUCAUUCCCAGAGCAGGCAAUGGCAAUUUCCAUAUGCAGUCAGAAUGAUUGUGCGUAUUAGUAGCUGUACAGUAAAUUUGCACUAGGGGCCACCUCAAAUAGGUAAACUCCAUCUUAACCAACCUCUUUGAAGUAUCCCCAAAGUUUACAGUCCACUUCUGUUCCAUGUUUCAAUGAAGAUUCACUGCCACUAUGAGGCAAUCAGACUUUGCUUGUGCUUUGAGUUGUUGCUUCAGAUAAUUUGAGUGCAGUUUUUUCUGAAGUCUGGUUUUUGUGGCUAUGUUACAUCUGGGUGCCCAAUGAGCACUUAGCAACUGUGUAAAUCUUCAUCUGAAAGGUGAACAUGGUGGAGGAGCAGCUUUGACAAAAAAGAGAGAAAAAUUUGGCUUUUACUAGCUUGAAAGAUGGUGUUUGCCAGAGCAGUAGUUAGUUGCACUAUAAUAAAAGCAGCUAUUUCUGCAGGGCACAAACUACUCUACACUGGCAACCUAGUGCUAGGUUGCCAACACAGAGUCCUAUUGACUUUAGUACAAUCCUGUAUGGGCACAAGGGUCUUCACGCAUGAAUCCUUCUCCGGGAUCAGGGCUUAAGGCUGUUGCUACAUGUAUCACACUGGAGUGAAUUAAGCUAUAUUACCAUCUCCCAGGAAUGGUCUCAAAGGGGAAUCGUUUUAAGAUUACAUUUUUUCCAAGUGUGCACAAAUACACAAUCACACACACAAACUUUAAGGAUUAAAAACUCCAACCCAGCACUGAGCAUUGCAUGUUGAGAAAGAAGUUUUAGGAAAGAAUUGCUUUGGGGGUUUGAUUGUUUUGGGCUGUAUCUGUGCAAAUAGGAAAAUAUAGCAAGAGCAGUUAAAGUAAGAGGACAAAGGAGGAGUCACUGAAGCAAUUUUUAUUAAAAUUAAAAAGCAACAACUCUAGGCCCAUAAUUCCACAAAUGUGUCCAUGCAGGCAGCCUCCUGCACUAUACAGAUUGACUUGAAUUGGGCUCUGCAAGGGUCUCUCCACACAGAUACAA